AUUAAAGAAUUAGAAAACGUAUACAAGGUUAUGAAUAAUUUUUAAGUUAUAGAAGCUAAUUCUAUUAGUGAUUAAAUAAAAUAGUUAAUACAUAAUUAAUAUGAUUUCUUAAAAUACUAUAGAUAAAGUCUAAGUGGUUUCAAAGAAAUUUUAAAAACUAGAAAUGAACUUUGUAGUUGGAUAAAUAAAAAAGGAGAAGCCGUAGAAGGUGUUUUUGGUGGACUUUUUAGAUAAAAUAAAGAGAGUAUAAAUAUUCCUUCCAAAAAUAUUAAUUAAUUGGAAGAAUAAAUUGGAUAUUAUACUUAAUAAAGUAUAGACACUUUUAGAAUCAUAUUAAAUAAUAAAGCAAAAGCGUAUAGUAAAAAUUUCAUUGACUACUAUAAUACUAGAGAAUAACUUUUACACUAAACUAUAAGCGAAUUAAAUGGUUAAAAAGUACAUCUUGAAAUGAUAAAAGAUAAUUAAAAUGAUAAAAUAUAAAUAUAACUUGUAAAAAAAAAAGAUUGA